AUGAUAUUAUACAUAGCCCCUGUGACAACGUGGUUGAUCAUGUAUGGGUCAUAUGGUGAUUCUGUUAUAGAGUCUAUUCACUCAUUUUACAAGAUUAAGUUGAAACCACUUAAUCAGAAGAUGCUCCAAGUUAUUCAAGUAUGUUAUAUGCACCCUUGUGAUGUUAGAGAUUUAAUAAAUGCAAAAUCACUGAAAUAA